CAUCAUUGGAUCAUAUUUUUUUUCAGUAUCUAUUACCUUAUUUGGAAAUUAACCUUUGCACGUGAAAAAAAUGUAUAAAAUAUGCCGUUCCCCUUCUAGUCGCAUCAACGUGACAACAGUUGCUAAGAUAAAUUUGUGACAAUGUUAGGUUUACCACUUUGUGUUUUAUUCUUGUCUGCUGUUGCAGCUUAUGAAAUGAAAUUUGAUUAUCAUAUAAGUGAAGGUAAAGCAAGGUUUUUGGAAAACAUAGAAACAAAUCUUGAAAAGAAUGUAGUAAAGAUUCACGUUCCGGCACACAAUGAUAUUCUUGAAUCUUACAGGAUGCAAGACUUCCAAAAGGGUAAGCAAAUUACAUGCCUUCCAUCUCUCCGCGAAUGUAGACUACGAGACAUUGAUAGACAGAUUGCUGUAGAUGCUGGUCAACUGACAGAGGCGUUCAUUCGUAGCUGGAACAAAGGAGUAAACAGUAUAACAAGCUCAAACUCUACAGUCAUCGAAGAACUUUAUUAUCUCUCUGGUGAAAUUAUUGAUACAGUAACACUUGGAGAAAAUUUAAAGCAGUUUUUUGAAGGAUUUGGCUUUCCAUUGUACCAGGAAACAAAGAUUCCACAAGGCGCCGAGGUUCUUAAAAUCGUCAAAUCUUCAGAAGGAACUCGAGUAAAAAGAUCUCUUGGAAUUCUGGGCAAUGAUUGUAAAGGACAAGCACCAAAGAGAAAGUAUGGGGUCGACUCGGGAGCAUCAUGCAAUUAUCUGAAGAUAUGCUCGCAAGUUGGUAUAGUCAAUGGUGCACAGGUUUUUACCGACUGUAAUAACAUCCACAUUACUUCUCCACUGGCCUAUGUAUGUGUUUGUUGUCCUUGGGUCACCCAAAUUGACCUAAAAGGACACGACUGUGUAUGUACAAAGAUGGAUUGAUCCCGAUAAGAAAGCAUGGAAACAUCAGAACUCAAUAAGGAUGAUGUAAAAAUAAACAUGUUUUCCUAAUAUAUAUUAAACAUAUUUUAUCAAA